AUGCGCGCCGUGCUCUACAGCAUCUUUGCGGCCAACGGUCGCUGGUUCAACCCCGACGCGACCAAGCCAGUGGUCGGUGCCAAGGACAGUGUCGUCGUGCAGGUCAAGGCGGCAUCCCUCAACCCUAUUGACUACAAGCUGCCCGCGCUCUUGAUGCAAGGCAAGGGCGUCGGUCUCGACUUGGCCGGGGUCGUGACGGCCGUGAGCCCGGACGUGACGACUGUUGCCGUCGGCGACCGAGUCUUUGGCAGCACGAAUGGGUCUCUUGCCGAGCACGCUAUUUGCAAAGCUUCCAAGCUGGCGCUGCUGCCAGCGUCGUUCUCGUAUGUUCGCGGCGCGGCCCUACCUACGACGUUUGUGACGGCGUACCAGGCCCUCACCAAGCACGGCUUCCAAGCAGGCCAGUCGGUUCUUGUCAUUGGCGCCAGUGGUGGCUGCGGCACGGCUGCGAUCCAGCUCGCCAAGGGUCUCGGCGCGCGUGAGGUCGUCGGCGUCUGCUCCAAGGCCAACGAAGAGCUCGUGCUCUCACUGGUCGAUCACGGACCCCGAGUGGGCCAACCGCUUUGA